AUGGAAAACCCGGUAAACUUGGGAACGAUGAUAGACUUGACAAGUUUUAGCGAUGGUAUUGUCCAAGGAACGAAUCCGUCCAUCAUGCAACGGCGUCCAUUAAACUUUAAUUCAAACUUGCAUGUACUUUUAAGCUAUGUCCAAGUUGUCAUCAUUCUCUCACUAGUAUCAUUUCUUGUCUGGUUCAUAAUCAAUUUCCAAGAGAUGAAUAAGAACAAAUCAUUUGGUUUGAUGGAGUUAAUGAUCCUUUUCUGGAUUAUACGUUCUAUUUGGAGUAUCCUAAACAGUACUUGGCUGUCGACGUUUUAUCGAGCUAAUAACGCGGAGCCCGUACAUUGUUUACGAGUUUCGGUCAUGCUUUCAAACGUUUCAGGAAUUGCUUGGUGUGUUGCUGCCAUUUUCAUUAUCUUUGUAAAUCCCUCUACAGAUAGAACAUCGUAUUCUUACUACAUCUGCAAAGUGUUGUUUUGGACCGCAAUUGUCUUAUACUUGCUUCCAAAAGUCGCCUAUAUUAUUCUUUGCGCACUUCUGCACCUUGUCCUGUACCUUAUGGUACGAUUCAAUCUGGAUGUUCGUGAUUUGCAGCCAAAAACUCCAAAUGAAAUUAUCGAAAAACUGCGAGUAGUUUCAUAUAAAGACGUUAAGGAGGAUAUUCUAGAAUCUGGUAUAAGUGGUAAUUCCAGUAGAUCCCAUAAAGCCGGCAGUUUCAAUGGGACAAUAGCUAUUGACUAUGAAAUUCCAACCUGUUCCAUAUGUAUUGUGGAGCUGUUACCAGAUGAUCUUAUUAUAAUCAUGCCCUGCGAUGGGAGGCAUUACUUUCACAAAGAAUGUAUAUAUUCUUGGUUGCUGCGUAGUCAAGAAUGCCCAAUUUGUCGUACCAAUGUAGUACAGUUUUUGGAGGCUGGAGAAGUAAACGGAAAUUAA